ACAGUUUCCGAACCCGACUCCUCCGGCGAAUCACCAGCUCCUCAGCCGCUGAUCUCUCUUCUAGACGAACCAGAGGCGGCAAUGACGGCCAUUACGUGGAUUCUCGUUGCCUUCUCAUUACUGUUCGUUUCUGCUCAAGCCGAUAGUAAAAAUAACCCAGCAGACGAACUUGUGGCAGUGCUUAACAGCAACAGAACAGCACAUAAAUCCUCUGCACUUGCUGAUAAUCUAGGCCUAGGCUGCAUUGCAUUGCAGUAUAUUAAAGCAUAUCAGGGCAAUUGUGAUGAAGUGGGAGGAGCCAAUGCCAAAAAGCCCGCUGAUGCCGACUUUGCACAGACAUUUGCACCCAAUUGCGGAGUUGAAGUUUCAACCCUUGGCCCUAUCACGGGCCGUUUACUUGGUUGUCAGUCCAAAUAUGUCAGUCCUUCUGAAGCAUUCUCAAACAUCCUGAUUAACAACAGCAGGAGUUUGGAUAUGGUGUACAGUAAAAAUCACACAGAAGUGGGGGCUGGCGUGAGUGGCUCUGAUGGUGGAGCUCCAUAUUUCUGGUGUGUGCUCUUCAGUAAUGGCACAGCGAACAGCAGCUUUGUUUUGCAGGAUGGGGUGGCAAAGAUACAGCAUCCUGGUUGCUUUAGUGGCAACAAUGAUGACUGCAGUGGCGCUAAUGCAUGGCAUAGCUCUACCUUGUCACUUGCCAUUGGAGUGUUGAUCACACUGUUUUACGCAUUGGGAUUAUGAUCACUUGAUCGCUCGAUUGGGUUGCAUAGGCUUGAUUGCUAGCUGCAUCACCUGUUUUGUAUUAGUUGGUUUUUUGUUUCUUAGGUAAUUCUUUUUGUGUUAAGUGUGAGAUUACCUGAAUUGUACGUAUCUGUACCACUUCUUUUAGAUGCCUUUCCUCA